AUGAUGGGGCAUGAGAAUCACACUUUCAGCAAUGACUUCAUUCUUUUGGGACUCUUUACUUCUUCUCAAGCAAGUCUGGUAUUCUCUUUUAUAUUCACCAUUUUUGUUUUGACUGUAACAGAAAAUACAGUCAUGAUUCUCAUCAUCCACAGGGAAUUACGACUCCAUACUCCAAUGUACUUCCUGCUUAGCCAUCUCUCUUUUAUGGAUAUCUUGCAUAUUUCCAACAUUGUUCCCAAAAUGAUUGCUGACUUUCUGUCAGGCAGCAAAACUAUUUCAUUUGCAGCCUGUGGCUUCCAGAUAUUUGUAUCCCUCACCCUCUUGGGUGGUGAGUGCCUUCUCCUGGCAGCAAUGUCCUAUGAUCGCUAUGUAGCUAUCUGUCACCCACUGCGCUACCCCAUGCUGAUGAAUGACUAUGUCAGCGUUCUCAUGGCUGGAGGGGCCUGGUUUAUUGGGAUAAUCAACUCCAUAGUUCACACAGCUUACACACUUCACUUUCCCUUUUGUGGCUCAAGAGUCAUUGACCACUUUUUCUGUGAAGUCCCUGCCAUGUUGGUGUUGUCCUGUGUGGACACAACACGCUAUGAACGAGGUGUUUAUGUAAGCGGCAUCAUUUUCCUGCUUGUCCCUUUCUCUCUAAUCUUUGCAUCUUAUGUCCAAAUUCUCCUUACUGUCCUCCAAAUGAAAUCAUCAGAGGCUUGGAAAAAGUCAUUUUCUACUUGUUUCUUCCACAUGAUUGUAGUCAUAAUGUACUAUGGGCCAUUUAUUUUCACAUACAUGAGACCUAAAAAGUAUCACACUCCAGGCCAGGAUAAGUUCCUGGCAAUAUUCUAUACAAUCCUCACACCAUCUUUCAACCCAAUUAUCUACAGCUUUAGGAAUAAAGAUGUUCUAGAAGCACUGAAAAAUAUGCUCAAAAGUAACUUUGUCCAGAAAAAAAUGAACCGUGAACUU